AUGCUUAGUGCGUCCACUCUGACCCAGAUGCCCCCCAGCGGAGAGGACAGUUCUGGUUCUGACAGGGGGUCAGAGGUCAGUGUUCCAGCUCCAGCCACAGAGACAGACCGCUUCGGCUUCAUCCUGGGGAAUGGAUCCACUGUCGGGUCAGUACUAAGCAGAGUCUCUGGCUAAGCAGCACUGAAAACCAGUUUCUGUUCUCUCUCUCACUCUUCACUGCAGGGGUUUACAUUCUCUCUCUCUCUCUCACUCUCUCUCUCGCUCUCUCUCUCGCUCUCUCUCUAUCUCUCUUUUUUAAAGCCCCAUACAGUCUUUGUAAUUUUAUUUUUAAAUCACCACUGUAUGUCUUAUACAUCACUGUGUUUAUUUAAUGAAAAUAACUCAAAAAUCUAUUUGUAAUGAUUUAUUUCCCUUGACUUAAAAAAAAGUAACAUUAACCUAACAAAGACUGUUGUGUAGGAAUGAGGUUUGUGCAGUAAAUGUAAAUACAUUUAAAUAAUUUGCUUUUUUAUUUUAAUGGGCUGAUGGUACCUGCAUCUGAUGGUCAUGGUGCUUUCAAGACAACUGGGAACUCUGAAAAAAACAAGGUCAAAUCAUGACGUCAGUGAUCUUCAGGUCGGAAAGUCGGUACUCUAGAAAGAUGCCAGAGUUUCCGACUUGGAAUUCCGAAUUGGAUGACUGUUCAAAACUAUUUUUACCAGUCAGAUCUAGUUUCCCCCCCCCCCCCCCCCCCCCCCCGAGUUACCAGUUGUCUUGAAAGCACUGAAGUUGAAAGUCUGAGAUUUCUGAGUUCCCAGAUGUUUUAAACACGGCAUUAGUCUCAGCGGAGGGAGGGAUGGAGAGAGCAGUCGAUGGUCCGCCUCUCACAGUCCCUGCUUUCUCCUUCCUUUCCUCUGGUGAGACUGACCAGAGAGAGGGAACACAGUCUUCCAACUGAUGGCGAAACUCGAGUCGCACUGCCUCAUGCAAAAAUUAAUGUUGUUCCUAUGACCAGAGAAAGUGAAAUAUUCCUCGAUAUUAAAAUAGACACGAUGAGCUGCUAACAAUAAUAAUAAUAAUAAUAGGGCUACACUUGGCUACACAUCAAUUGCAGCUGCAGGUCAAGUGGAAGGAGGGAGAAGCGCAUUUUAUGUUUUGUAAUAGUGUUGAAUAAAACAGUGUUGACAAUGCUGAAUAAAAACGUAGACAUGAACUCACUCAUAAAACAGCAGCUCUUUGCUGUAUUUUGACAGUCUCUCUCUGGUCAUGGUUUUAAAAGUUAUGAAAUCUCACAUAGGCUAAUAUCAAACUUUGCUGUGGCCGGGGCCGUGGAAACUGUAGCAACUGUGACUGGCCAGCGCAGUAGGCGCAAUUGUGAUUUGAGCUAUCCGAUUGGCCAGUGCAGUAGGCGCACUCGAUUUUGGCACAUAUCUCCCGGUCCGCAGGUUAGGCAGAAUUUGUAUUUUCAGACAAAUUAAAUGGUUCAAAAUGGGAACACUUUGCCUACUCUGUGCGCAGGGCUUCUGAAUCAAGUGUACCUACCGCCAACAGCGCAACCCGAAUAAUAAAAAAUGGCUUUUCUACAGAAAUGUUUGGUGUAGAACUAGGCAUCGACUAGGAAUGCCUUGAAGAUCGAACAGUCGAUCACGAUCGACCGGUUGGUGACCACUGAUGUAGGCUUUAGGAAACAAAUUUGAAGAUAUUUACAUACACAGCCCUGCUUGGCUGAUAGGAUGGUCUAGAGCCCACCCCCUUACACCGAUGAACAGUCAUUGGUCUAUUAUAAUCAGAUCACAUUGUGACAUCAUGAUGUGGGCCAAAAGUUCCAUCCCACCUGAACAGGUUGAAAUUUCAGGCAUUUUUUUCAAAAAGCUCUUACACAAAUAGCUCUUACACAAUUUCAGAGUAUUAUUUUGACCUGUGUGGAAAUAUCAUAAACAUCAACAGGGAAAUCACCUUUUUAACUUCACUGCCCCUUUAAGCGAUUGAUUAGUUAUGAUAAGAGAAACAAACUGAGCGAUAAUGCAUUUCUGGUGAACAGAAGACACUAAAGACACAUCCUAUAACUUGCAACUUCAUGCAAAAUAACUGUUAUACCACGAAAGAUCACAGUUCAGUGUCACAGUAUUUUAAUUUUUUUAUAGAGAGAAAUGUAAGUCAGUCUUUAUUUAGUUCAUAGAAUAAACCCAGGUAAUAACCAAACACAAAUAUAACAGACAUCCUCUUAACACUAACUGUAAGUCGCUCUGGAUAAGAGCAUCUGCUAAAUGACUCAAAUGUAAAUGUAAACAGUCAUCCCCUACACUCUCUCACUCUGUGUCCUUGAACAUCCUUACCUGUUGCUAUGGAGACAGUCACACCGCCACCAUGCGGUUUUCCUGUUUCCUGUGUAUCUUUAUGGUGUUUUCUUUCUCUGUGAUGAGACAUGAAGGUGCAGUUCACUCACCUCAGUACAUUUUGGUGAAUUGGCUGCCUUAGAGAGGACUUUGGUCCUCAGAAACAGGAAAGAGCCGAAGUGAGGAGUUAGUUACCUGCCCUAGAAAGAUACUGACUUGGAAAUGUUAUUAUGACAGUUAUGUUUAAAGUGGUCACCUUAUUUUGCUUAUGAUAUGUUGGUGUCAGGAGUGAAGGCCCGCCCCCUGAGCUCGUUAGACAGAGAGAGACUAAGUGGAUCAACAUCAUCAGCCAAUGGGAUCGUGUCUUACUAAAGAAGUCCAGCAAGGUGGGUACUUGGCCUUUUUGAUGUAACCUCUUCUGGGACACCAGACCCAGGUAUUUACUCUGGGAUGACCCUUACCCUCCACCGGUCUCUCAGGUCAAAGAGCAGUGUCAGAAAGGCAUCCCAGCAUCCCUCAGGGCUAAAUGUUGGCCACUGCUGUGUGGCGCAACAAAAAGAAUGCACCGCAACAAGGACCUCUACGAGGUAAGAUAGAGCAACCACCUCAACUUUACAGAUUGUGCCUUUAUGGUAUUUUUACCGUAAAUAUACAAAUAUUGCAGAGUAAACCUAGUUAUCAGGUAAAUCUCUCUCCCUCUGUCAGACUCUGGACUCCAGGCCUGCCCUACAGAGCUGUGUGGACGUUAUCGAGAGAGACUUAGACCGCCAGUUCCCAUUCCAUGAGAUGUUCCUCUCCAGAGAUGGCCAUGGGUAAAACAGCCUCAUAACACUACAUACAACUUAUGGAACGAUGAUGACCUACGACACAUCUUUCUCGAUCUCUCAUAAAUAUUGUCUGGUGUUAUCCCGUCAGUGUCCUGGUUGAUCUGAGUGUUGUGUUGUUUGUGUGAGCAGGCAGCGUGGUCUGUUCCGGGUGCUGAAGGCCUUUACUCAGCUGAAGCCUGAGGAGGGCUACUGCCAGGCCCAGGGACCUGUAGCAGCUGUACUGCUGAUGAACAUGCCUCCUGAGGUGCUGUUACAAUCAGGGGCACAACUUUGGUUUUAAAAGGGGGGGACAUACUUAUUAUUUUGUAUUAUUUUUAUCCAGUCGGAUAAACACUCCAAACAGCCUACCCGACCGCUCGGAGGCGUCCCAUGGUCCUAAAGCACACCGUUGCCUCGAGUUGUAUCACAUUCCAAUUCUAUCCAUACACAAAAAAAUGUAUGCACACAUGACUGUAAGUCGCUUUGGAUAAAAGCGUCUGCUAAAUGGCAUAUUUUCUUUUUUUUUUUUUUUUUAACUGGGGGGGACAAAAAUGCAGUGAAAGUUGCGCCCCUGAAUACAAUCACCAUCCAUCCACCUGAACAACGUGAAAGGACUGGAUAGGUGGCUAGCUUUCCCUCAAUCACAGCCUUUAAUAACCUUAUGUUUUUAAAUGCCUUUGCUUUCCCCUCCUAUAGGAGGCAUUCUGGUGCCUUGUACAGAUUAGUGAACAGUACCUACCUGGCUACUACAGCCCCCUUCUGGUAAGAUUAUGUUACAUUACUGCCCAUGGUCAUUUAGUGAUCCAAAGAGUACUCACAGAGUGAAAACUGCAUACAUACAUCAAUAUGUUUUUCAUCAGUAAAGGGGUUUGGUUGUUGUAACAUAGCUGAAUAGCAUUUCUCCAGACACUUGUCUCUCUAAUGUUGUCUGUAGGAGGGGGUUCUCUUUGACGCGGCCAUGCUGACCUGGGUGUUGAAGAAGAUGUGUCCCGCAACUCACAAGCACCUGCAGAGACACGGGGUGGAGCCUCUGAUGUUCGCCACUGAUUGGCUGAUGUGCCUGUUCACACGCCACCUGCCGUUCAACACCCUCCUCAGAGUCUGGGACCUGUUCUUCUGCUACGGUCUGUUAAUGAAGGAGGGAAUGAAUAAAUGAAUCUAUCCAUCUAUCUAGUCAUUCAUCUAUGUUAUCCAGUCUAUCUAUACUUAAAUUAUGGUCAUUCACCUACUCUUCUGUAUCUAUCUAUCUAUCUAUCUAUCUAUCUAUCUAUCUAUCUAUCUAUCUAUCUAUCUAUCUAUCUAUCUAUCUAUCUAUCUAUCUAUCUAUCUAUCUAUCUAUCUAUCUAUCUAUCUAUCUAUCUAUCUAUCUAUCUAUCUAUCUAUCUAUCUAUCUAUCUAUCUAUCUAUCUAUCUAUCUAUCUAUCUAUCUAUCUAUCUAUCUAUCUAUCUAUCUAUCUAUACUAAACACUAAAGAAAGUAUCUUUCUAACAGAGGAUUUGGUUAAUCUGACCUCUUACUCCCCACAUAUCCUGUGUGUUGUUCUCACCCUCUCCAUCAGGAGUGCGUGUGUUGUUCCAGGUGGCGGUGGUGUUGGUGCGCCGAGCUCUGGGCCGAGUGGAGCAGAGGGAGGAGUGCGAGGGCCAGAUGGAGACUCUGGAGAGGCUGAGAGGUGUGAGGGAGCAGGUGCAGCAGGAGGACGACACCUUCAUCGCAGAGGUCAGACACCUGGCCUCAUGUACACCAGUUACACUUGAACUAUCUUACCAUGCAUGUACAAUACACACCUGUGUUUCCCCACUUUUACCAACUCUCCAUCUCCCUUUCACCCCCACCCAGGUGUGUUCUGUCCCCCUGUCAGGUAAGGAUCUGGAGAGGCAAACGGAGAAAGAGCUGGAGAAGUGGAUGAAGGAACGGCCCGCCUCCACCUUUGACCCCCGUGGUCGUUGCCACGGAUAUCGGAUGGCAUGGGCGAGGGCUCGAGAGAGGGAGGAGGAGAGGAACAGGAAGGAGAGGGAGAAAGAGAACAUGUCCCUCCCUCUGAUUCGCUUGCCCUUCCUCCUCUCUCUCUCUCCCUCACUCCUCCGCAAGAGGUGGGAGAGAGGGAGCAAGACAGACACAGGGGAGUGGGAGGGGGGAGGCAGAGAGGGGAGGAAGGUUUCAGAGGAGGUGUGGGAGGAGAGAAGCGAGGGAGGGAAUCUGAGGAGAGGAAGUGAGAUGGAUGGUAGUCCAGUGAGGGCUCAGGGUGUUCCGCUUUCAGCUACAGAGGACAGGGAACCAGUGGAACCGAGAGAACCAUUUGAACACAAAGAACCAUCAGAACAGGACAGAACCCAAAAGACCCAGCUGACCCCAGAUUCAGCCAGAGUAGCGUCCCAGCAGUGUGAGCUCACCUCUGACCCCAUCGUUACCUCACAAGGCCAGGCGGAGGAGCAGGGCGGUCUCAGCCAGUCACAGGAAACUAACCACAGUAAAGACACCAUGGAAACACAGGAAGUACUGAACAAACAGUCAACAGAGAGUGCACGUAUCAUCACAGAGCACAUAGUGACAGAGACAAAGGGUAAGGCAGAGAAACGCAAGGAGACAGAGACUCAUGCAGAAGCAAAGACAGAGGAGGAAACAGUGACAGAGAUCCAGAUUCACCCAGAAGCCAAGACAGAGGAAGAAAUGGAGGCCGAGGUACAGAAAGGACAACACACAGAUAAAAGUGUAGCGACAGAGACAGAUAUGGGGUCAAAAACAGAAACUCAAACAGAUGUUAAUACAGACACUGAGACCGACAUGCAACAAGAGGCAGAUAUAAAAUUAGAGGCAGAAACAGACAUGGGGUCACUGACAGAGACAGAAAGAGACAAAGAGACUAACACAGAGACGCAUACUGACAAGGAGAUAGAGGCACGUACAGAGACACAGUCAUACAAAGGGAAUGAAACGGAGACACACACAGACAAAAAAUCUGAGGCAGAGAGAGAAACAGAAGUAGAGGCACAUAGAGAAACAGAGGUAGAGGCACAUACAGAAACAGAGGUAGAGGCACAUACAGAAACAGAGGUAGAGGCACAUACAGAAACAGAGGUAGAGGCACAUACAGAAACAGAGGUAGAGGCACAUACAGAAACAGAGGUAGAGGCACAUACAGAAACAGAGGUAGAGGCACAUACAGAAACAGAGGUAGAGGCACAUACAGAAACAGAGGUAGAGGCACAUACAGAAACAGAGGUAGAGGCACAUACAGAAACAGAGGUAGAGGGAGAAAAUGAGUCAGCGAUGCACAUAGAGGCAGACACAAGAGUAGAGGCAGACUUGGGGUCACAGAUGGAGGCAGAAACACACACAGAGACAGAGAAAGAGUCAGAGAUAGAGGUACCUGUAUACACAGGGACAGAGACGCGCACAGAGGAAGCCACUGACACAAGCACAGGGAUAGAGCAAGCCACUGACACAAACACGGGGAUAGAGCAAGCCACUGACACAAACACAGGGAUAGAGGAAGCCACUGACACAAACACAGGGAUAGAGGCGGUCACAGCGUCUCCAAAUGAAAUUCAGACACACACAGAGACAGCGUCAAAGAUAGAGGUACAGCACACAGAGCCCUCUAGGAUAACACCAGCCAAUCAGAGCCAGGUUUCUCCAGAGUUGACCUCUGCUGCUGAGCCUGAGGGGGAGACGGACUCGUCAGACCAAACAGGCCAAGACCAGAAGAUUCCUGAAGAACCCCAGAGUCCAGUCACCAUCCAUCCAGAGGAGAAUCAGGAGACCCCGAACAUCAGAGAGAGUGAAGGAGAGAAAGAAGAGGAAGUAUUGACAUUUCCCUCUCAGGAAGCCUCAACUGACAUCCUUCCACCAUUACAUCAGGGGGAAUCACUGAAAGCUGACCUCCUUCUCAUACCUGGCAACCCAAAGUCACAAAGUAAGAGUGAAAAGAGUGAGUCCCCCCCUCCUGCAGACUCAAAGGCUGGAUCUGGCAACCUAGUAUCCACACACUCGGAUGACUCCUCCCAAAGGACUCCGCUCUGUGAUGGAUCCUCGGCAACCCCUUCUGGAGACUUCCGGCUCUGCAAGUCCGGAAGCUCCCGGAAGCUCACUCGGAGGCUCUCUGAAGAUCUCUUCACCGACCCCAACCAAUCACAACCCACCAUCACACACUCUAACCAAUCAAAUACAGGCCUCAUUCAGUAUGACCAACCACAACCUAACACCACAGCUCCCAUUCAGGUUCCAAAACACCCAGAAUCACCCCGACAAGUGACAGGGAGCAUCCCAGGCACUGUCCCACCUCAGACUGGGCCCAAACCAGGCAGAGGACCGACCGACACCCCUAGACGAUUUGGUCUCUUCCGCAGGCUCAAAGGGGAGCAGCCCAAACAGGACAGGGAGAAAGGUGAACCUAAAGUCCCUGUCCCCAAAAUCCUGAUCCAGGACUUUAGUGACGGGACAGGUGAGGGGCGCACGGUCAGGGGGGAAGAAGAGGAGGAGCUGAGCUCCAGAGAGAGGAGGAGGAGACGGAGGGAGCAGGAGAGGAGGGAGAAAGAGGAGGAGAAGUUACGGAAGAAGAGGCAGAAGGAGAUGGAAAAAGAGGAGAAAGAGAGAAAGAGGGAGAGGAGGAAGCCUCAGACGAGAGGGAAGAGUUUUCAGGUGCAACACAACAAUGUCCCCCUCCCCGGAAACAGCGGCUCACAGACAUUUGGUUCCAAAAGAAACUCUACUCCGUCUAUGGAGACAUACUUUUAA